AUGACCACUCCAACUCCAACCUCAAAACCUGUAAAUAGAUUGGUUCUACUAUAUGGAGAACCAAAGUAUUAUCAUACGAUCAUUCAACUCAAAGAGUUAAGAGAACUAACCAACAAUUAUGUAUCUGUAAUUGAAGUAAACAAUAUUGAAAAAGUUUUAGAGGAAACUACAAUCUCAUCGAUAUACUUUGACCAUUUCCAUAUUUGCAUAGAGUUUGGUAAAGGAGUUAACCCAAACAUGAACAAGAUUAGUGAGUUUUUGAAAAGUUAUGCCGAUAUGAUUGGUAAAGUUGGUGACAUUGGCUACCACAUUCACUUUCAACCAGGUAAGGAAUGGAGCCAGUAUUCACAAGAAGAACUCAACGAGUAUAGCAACUUUCUAAAGACUCUCAAGGAAGUUGCAGGUGAAAAAGUCACUCAUUGCUCCAUAGUCAACAAGUAUGAUAUGGAUGCAAUAAAUCUUACAGGAAGAGAUGAACUAGAACAAUUACGCAAGGAGAUUCAACUGGAUAUAGCAUAUUGGGAAAACCUUAAAACCUUGGAUUACAGUGAGAGUAGCUUGAGAUCUUUUCCUGCAAUAGACUUGCCAGAGACCCUUGAGAAUUUAAAUAUUGGGGGCGGAUACGCUCUAAAUACAUUAUCGGGAUUCAAGAUGCCUCGGGGACUAAAGGUCUUAGUAGCCGGCCAAGGUGCCAUUGCUACUCUUGAUAAUGUGCAGUUUCCUGACACCCUAGAGAGGCUUGAGCUACAGGAUAACAAGAUCUACUUUCUCGAAUACACACCACUUCCUCAAGGUUUAAGACAUUUAGAUUUGUCACGAAAUCGACUAGAGGAUAUUUGGAAUGUGAAUUGGCCUAGCCAUUUGGAAUCCUUGAAUCUCGGCUUUAAUCCUAUUGAAAAUAUGAGGGGUGUCAAGCUCCCGUCAAAGUUAAAAUACCUUGAACUUUCUAACCUCCCCAGUGAGUCAAUGGCUGGGGUCAAGUUUCCAGACCUGCUCCAAGUUCUAAAUCUCCAAUCCUCCAUGACUAGUGCACGUGGUUUAAAACUUCCGUCAAACCUCAAAGUCCUAGUGUUAACGGGGAACGGAAUUAAUAGUGUGAAUCCGUUAAAAUUGCCAAACUCGAUCGAGAUCUUGUAUUUGAAUCUGAAUAAUAUUAAAACACUAAAUAAAGUGCUGCUACCGCCAACACUUCGAGAACUAUACUUGGGAGACAAUCUUUUGACGACAUUAAAAAAUGUUGUAUUUCCAGAGUCAUUAGAAGUGCUUGAUUUGGAGAAUGACCCAGAGUCGUACAAAAACGAAAAACAGAUUAUCACCUUGAGAGACAUUAUUCUUCCGCCCAACUUGAAGAUCUUGAGAUUGGGUUAUCAUGGUAUAAGAAUUCUUGAGAAUUACGAGUUUCCAAAUAGUCUACGCCAUUUAAGUUUGGCCUACAAUGAGUUGAAAUAUGUGAGAAAUCUCAAAUUUGGAGAUCAAUUAAAAGUUUUGGACUUGAGCGGCAAUCCAGAGCUUUCGUUUCUUGAAAAUUUCGUACUCCCUGAAUCAUUGACCGAGUUGCGCGUUUCUCCUUCGUUAAUUCCGAAUUUGCCUGCUUAUAUCAUUGAAAGAGCCAACAACAAUUCUCUACUAUUGAAGAAAACAAUGGAUCUAUAA